UAUUUAUUUAUUUAUCCGCUCGUGUAUUCUCCUCCUCCGUCUCUCCUCCUCCGCCUCCGCCUCCGCUCUGUAACAAAGUGUCAACGCCUAUAAAAGUCACUGACCCCGAAGCUUCCCCCUCUUCUUCCUCCAUAGCUCCCUUUCUCUUUUUCCCCUUCCUUUUCUUCUUUUCUCUCUUUCCCUUUCCCUUUCCCCAUUUAUAAGGCCUCUUGACACUCCACUUAUCCAGUUGCUCUCAACUACUGCCCCAUCGUUUCCACCUUCGCCGCCGCUGAAUCAUCCAUCCAGUGAUUUCUCAGAUUAUUUCUGCCAAUGGAACUUGGUGAUGUUCAUGGUGGUUUGGGGGUGACUCGGAAGAGAAAGAGAAACGAUGGAGAAAACAACAUGUUGAGCAACUUCUCUUUGGAUAAUCUCAAUCAAGACAUUCUGGAAAGGGUGCUUUCGAGGCUACCGACCUCGGCAUUCUUUCGUCUUUCUUCAGUGUGCAAAAGAUGGAAAUCAGUUGCAGCUUCUUCAAGUUUCAAGUCUGCCUGCUCGGACAUUUCGGCACGCGACCCCUGGUUUUUCAUGGUCGAUUCACAUCUCAACCGCUCGAUUGUUUUCGACUCGACUGAGAAAAAUUGGAAGAAACUUAACUAUCCACACCUCCUUCAGAAUUGUCAUCUCGAUUCGAUCCCCGUUGCAGCCUCUGGUGGUUUGAUUUGUUUUCGCAAUUCGGCGGGAAACUUCAUAGUGACCAAUCCUUUAACAGGCUCCUGUAGUGAGCUUCCUCCUGUGGAUCUUGACCAGAAAAAGCAAUCUCUUCAUGCCAUUGUGAUGAAUGCAGACCCCGGCGGUUGUAAGGGCUCUUACAAGAUUGUAUUAGUCUAUGGCCAGCUUCCUAAGCUUCGGUUCAAAGUCUACCAUUCGACCACGGGUUGUUGGGACGACGAUAUUACCUUGAGUAGGAAAGUCGACGAUUCUAUUGACUUCAACUUCAAUGACGAUACCGGUGUGUACUUCCUGAGUCGAACAGGAAAUGUAGUGUCCACAAACAUGCAGAGAAGCCCAUCCAAGCAAUACUCAUCCGUGGUUACGAACAAAAGCGGGGAGGACACCGUCUAUUUCAUUAGCUCCUCCGGGACUAUCAUGGCUUGUAAUCUGAGCAAGAGAUGCUUCGUUGAGUACCCCAGGCUCAUGCCUGUCUUUUCAGAGUACUCAAUCGACGUCGUUGCGUGUCAAGGCGAGAUGCUAGUUGUUAUGUUGUCUGAGUUUCUCGAAACUGCAAGCCUUAGAGUUUGGAGAUACGACGAGGAAUCUCGAACUUGGCAUCAAAUUGCAGUAUUGCCUCCUGCAAUGUCGCACGAGUGGUACGGCAAGAAGAUUGAUAUCAACUGUGUAGGAGCUGGCGACGAGAUACUCGUAUGCAUGAACUCGAACGAGCAUUGUACGUAUCUUCUAUGCAAUCUCGUCGAGAAUCAGUGGACCGAAUUGCACAAAUGCUAUAUGAACGGUGAAGCUGUAGAGUUUAUGUCUGCCUUUUCGUUCGAGCCGAGGAUCGAGGCUUGUGUAUAAACGAAUUGGUUAUUGAUUUAUUUUUAUAAACGAAUUGUUCAAUAGCUGUUUAGUUCUUUGUGUAAGGCUUUCCUAUUUGUUUUUGAAUUCUUUGUAUUCUUAGCUGACUUAGCUAAUGGAAUUCAAGAAGAUGAGAAUAGAUGUAUGUAGAUUCCUUCUUAAUAACCUUCUGCCAAUUUUACUGUUCA